UAUCUGUUUAUACAUGGAUAGUUUUAAAGAACUUUUCAUAGAUUAUAAGCUUACCUCUGUGUCACUAGGAUGAAAUAUUGGACAGUCGACCUUUAGAUAAGCAUCCAGUGAUUGAGGAAUGGUGUUAUGAGCAGAUGGCUCUUGUUGCCUCGGCGUUCGCAUUCUCAUGGUCCAAGUGGAACAGUGAUACACAGGAUAAAGAGAAGAUUCUGUUCCAGGGAUCCGAGACUUUACAAGAUGAGCCUUUGCUAGAGGAGGACUGGUCUUUGUUCCUGAUGACAAAGAGGAGAAGUAUGAAGCUGAAGAUGACAGAGUUUGAUGAAACUUACAGUGAGGAGCAUGCCGAGGGCACUGAUUUCAAGUCGAACCUUUACCAUCUAUUGAUGGAUGUGUCUUCUGCCGACGCCAAGGAAAGAAUCAAGGACACCAACUUUGAGUUUAUCGACUGUGUCCAACAAUUACUGUCUGCUACCAAACUGCUUACCUAUGCUUAAAACUCUGAACCAAUCUGUUGCUGUAAAAAGGAAUAUUAUGUAGAAAAAAGAAAUUUUGUAGGCAACAUGUAUCUGCAUAAAAUCAAGAUACAGUAUGUAGUUGUUGAAGGAAAGUUUUUAUGUUGCAUUUAAAGAGUUACUGAAAUGAAAAGACAUAUUUAUGCAAAACAAGGAUAUUUAUUAUUACUAUAUUGAAAUACUGUAUGAAGAUAUAUGUCAAUCCGUCCUGAAACAAUACUGUGAUAUAUUAUUACUACAAUACAUUCUUGUAAACGCUUCUGACCCAUUUCCAUGGGCUCCUGAAGAAUACACAGUAUGUGCCUAUUUCUCACAAAUUUGAGCCGUGCCAUGGGAAAAUCAACAUAGUGGCUUUGCGACCAGCAUGGAUCCAGACCAGCCUGCACAUCGGCGCAGUCUGGUCAGGAUCCAUGCUGUCUGCUAACAGUUUCACCAAUUCCAAUAGACCUUAAAAGCGAACAGCAUGGAUCCUGACCAGACUGCGCGGAUGCGCAGGCUGGUCUGGAUCCAUGCUGGUUGCAAAGCCACUAUGUUGGUUUUCCCAUGGCACGGCUCAUUUGUUUUCUUCUGUAAAGGAAUAUAUUAAGAAUGCUGCGUAGUUCGCUUCAACAUGGAAGGUGACAAAUUCGAAAACGUCCAUUUACACAGAUGUGAAAGGUGUAUACAACAUGGAGAUAUAAGAGAAGUGAAAAAUGCAUGAAAACAUUACCAGUGGUCACUUUCAGAGUUUUAACAAAUUUGAAUACUCCAUAUUUAUUAAAACUAUGAAAGAAUACAUUAUAGCUUCUUAAAACUUGUACAUCUUUCUGUAUCUUUUUACUGCUAUGAAACCAAGUGUAGACAUUUGCUGUCACCACUUUCUAUUAUAAUUUAUUGUGUACUGUUGAUUGAAAUUUGUCUGUGAUACUUAUGUAUCUUGUUUUUUUAAGUAAAUGAUGAAAAUGUA